AAAAACGGGAAAAUGGCACAAAAUAUUAGCCCCGAACAUAGCGGCCUAUCAGGAUCUCAGGGUGUUAAACAUAAUGAUGAUUCAGUGCCUAUAAAAGAUAAUCACGCUGUUAGUAAAAGGUUGCAAAAAGAAUUGAUGAGUCUUAUGAUGACCACAGAAAAGGGCAUAUCUGCCUUUCCAGACGGCGAAAAUAUAUUCAAGUGGAUCGGUACUAUUGCUGGGCCUGUGAACACCGUUUAUGCACAACAAAAGUACCGUUUGUCAUUGGAAUUCCCCAACUCAUACCCCUACGCACCUCCUGUAGUCAAAUUUUUGACCCCCUGUUUCCACCCAAACGUCGAUCUACAGGGAGCAAUAUGUUUGGACAUUUUGAAAGACAAAUGGUCAGCUUUAUAUGACGUACGCACCAUUUUGUUGUCCAUACAAUCGCUGUUGGGCGAGCCAAACAACGACAGUCCAUUGAACGCUCAAGCCGCCAUGAUGUGGACUGACCAGAAAGAGUACAAAAAAUACCUCGAUGCUUUUUACGAAAAACAUCAAGAUACAUAAAUUAUAGAAAACACAUUUAGAUCGUUUCUCAUC